CUUGUUCUACUUCUUCAGCCGAGCAUACACACGGCCUCGAAAAGUUUGUACAACAGCGACGGCCCACAUGGGAUGGAUAUAGCCUUGACACUAGGACAGUGUGCACUCCAGGUGACAAUUUACUCGCUCCUUCACAUCAACCAUCAAGGAUGUUUCUAUCAACUUCAACACUGCUGCUCAUUGUUGCCGUCAUGCAGCCCGUGGACAGAACGUCCAGGAACGUCAACUCCCUUCACGGCAUCGCCUACAUCUCCCUGACGACGGACAACCUGACGGCGUCCACGCAGUUCUACACGCAGGUUCUUGGUGGGAUGCUGGUGCCCGAGCUGUCCUUCACCUUCAGUGGAGAUUCUCACUACUACCGGAUGUUCCAGAAGGAGAUCCUGGACGCCAGAACACAAGGGGUUAACCCUGCCCAGUUGGGAGUCCCUGAUAUAGGGGAUAACGGUACUCACGAGGUGCGCGGAAACUUCAUCGUCUUUGACAACGACAUCCUCCAACUUGUAGAGUUUGUGGAGAAAUCAUCCUCAAAAGUCUUUGACAUCCGUGACCGUCGCACCAGCCAAUGCUACAUCGCGGCCCCAAUUGUGUGUUUCUGGGUCAAGGACGACGUCGAUUUCAACCACUACAUUGCUGAACUAGAAAAAAGAUCACAUGCUCUUGGUUUUGAUCAGGUCAAGGUCAACAGGCCUGUUACAGUUCACAACGAGGCUGAGCGACUAGCCGUUCCCGAAAACCAGCUUGGUAUUACGUUUGACAGUGGAGACUUUGAUGGUUUAUCAAUGGCCUUCUUUAAAGGCCCGAGGGGUGAGCAACUGGAACUAAACCGAAUUACAAAAAGUUACAAGUACAAUCUUGGCAAAAAUUACUGCCGACGACAGGGGGUGGCCACAGCCUUCUUGGACAAUCACCCUGACAACAGAUGGAAGAAAGCAGCUGGGAUCAGUGGACAACUCUACGGUAUGUUCGAGUUUGCAACAAGAACAGAUGAUCUUUCGAAGUCUGUCAACUUCUACACUCAGGUCCUCGGUUCAGAAGAGCUCCCUAAACCACUGGUUGGAGUGGACCUUCGAGGAGAUGCAGUUGAGAAUAUGUUGUUCCAGAAAGAGCUUCUUGAUGCGGCAUCAUGGGGAGUGGAUCCGAGGAGUAUAGGGGUUCCCAAUACGACUCUGGCAGGAUCUGACAGAAGUGAUCUAAAGUUUAACAUGUUCGAUAACCACGUAAUAAAGACUGUGGAGUAUACAGCAGGAAAAUCUUUGUCAGAUCCCAAGUUCAACCCCAGAUACAAUUGGAGUAGUCCUGCCUACAUCAACAACAUGCACGUCGCCUUCUUAGUUGACGACAACAUCGACCUGAACAACUUUCUACAUGACACAGAACUGAAAGCUGCUACGAAUAAGUUCCCCGAGUUUAAGGUCAAUAGAGCAGUUGAUGUGCCGACAUUAGGUGCUAGCGUUCCCUCAUCACAGUACAGUGCAGCGUUCACUGAUGGACCUCUGAAGGGCUUCAACUACGUGUUUGCUAAGGGUCCAGCAGGGGAGCAGCUAUCCUUUGUUCAGUUCAAGGGUCCAGCAGCAGCCAAGCUGAAGUCAGCCUUGCUGCGGUAUUCGGCUGUCAGCACAGCUUUCAAGGAGACGAAUCCGUGGGCCAGGAAAGAAUAUGACAAGUAUUGUUCUAAAUAUUCAAGCAAUCCUGUUAUUGGCUGAAAUAAUAUCCAGAUUAAAGCUGUUUUGUCAAAAAUCAGAA